CGUUGUUUCAGUUUCUUGGAAAAUAUACUUUCUCAAUUUUCUCAAUACAAAAACCCUACUUUCUUGAGAUCUCAAUUCUCUCAUUUUCAUUUUCAUUCACAUCCGAAUACAAAACUAUAAGAACAAACAAAUCAAAGGGUUACAGAAAUUUCAUUUCUUUAUCAUACACGCACACAGUAUCGACAGGAAUUUGAUUUUUCAUUGCAUGUGAGAAGUGAUGGCAACAGCAAGUAUGGCAACUGCAGCUGGUGCUGCUGCUUUAUUGUAUUACACAUUGAAUAAGAAAUUACAAAGCAAUUCAUCUAGGGGAGAUGAUGAUGAUGAGGGGGGAAAUGGUGGCGGUGAGGUUACCAAGUCUGUUACUGUUGUAAGUAAUCGAGUUUCAUCGCGUAGGCCGAUACAAGCACCGGCAACUUGGUUGGAGACUAUAUCGACUUUAUCGGAGACACUGAGAUUCACUUACUCUGAAACAUUAGGGAAAUGGCCUAUUGGUGACUUGGCUUUUGGUAUCAAUUUUCUCCUUAAGAGGCAGGGACACUUGCAUGUUGCUAGUGUAUUUGGUGGUAAAGAUAGUUUACAGCUUAAAGGGCCUGAAGUACUGAAUGAGCUUAGACUACUUGUACGAUUGUUGACAUUUUGUUGGCAUUUCUCAAAGAAACCAUUUCCAUUGUUCUUAGAGGAGACUGGAUUCUCUCGAGAGGAUGUUCUUCUUCAGGAGCCCAAAGCCGGGAUAUUGAAACCGGCAUUCACAGUUCUCGUAGACAAAAAAACAAAAUGUAUUCUCUUAGUGAUCCGAGGAACUCAUAGUAUUAAGGACACUUUGACUGCGGUAACUGGUGCAGUUGUUCCUUUUCAUCACACUGUGGUACAUGAAGGAGGAGUUAGCAAUUUGGUUUUAGGUUAUGCACAUUGUGGAAUGGUGGCAGCUGCUAGAUGGAUUGCGAAACUUGCUACGCCUUGUCUGCUUAACGCUCUCCAUGAAUUUCCAGAUUAUCAAAUCAAGAUUAUUGGGCAUUCUUUGGGUGGAGGCACUGCUGCGCUUUUAACAUAUGUGAUGCGUGAGCAGCAGGAGUUCUCAACAACUACAUGUGUAUCAUUUGCUCCAGCUGCUUGUAUGACUUGGGAAUUAGCUGAAUCAGGCAAUAACUUCAUUACGUCAGUAAUUAAUGGAGCUGAUUUGGUGCCUACAUUCUCGACUGCAUCAGCAGAUGACUUGCGUACUGAGGUUACAGCAUCCGCAUGGCUGAAUGAUCUGAGGAAUCAGAUUGAGCAAACCAGAAUCUUGAGCUCCGUUUAUCGUUCUGCAUCAGCCUUGGGAUCUCGUCUUCCUUCUAUGGCUAGUGCUAGGGCAAAAGUUGCUGGGGCAGGCGCAAUUUUGCGUCCCGUGUCUAGUGGCACACAGGUAGUGAUGAAGACAGCUCAAACUGUGGCUCAGGCUGCGUGGAGGAGUCCAUCAAUGAAACUAUCUUCAUGGUCAUGCAUGGGUGCUCGUCAGCGAACAACGACGACUACUUGUUCAAACUCAAAGGAAGAUGAGGGCUCAACAGAGCCUCUAUCUACCACCACAACAGAACAUGCUGAAGCCUUUAUAAUAUCCCAAGAAACCACAAGUAGAAAUAGCACCGAAGACUUUCCAGUAUCUACAUCUGAAGGAAUUGAAUGGAGUACUGAAUCACGAACUGGAUAUUCUUUUCCAGAUGAUGGUGAAGGUGAAGAUUUAAUGGGCCAUGGAAGAAGCGAAGAUCGCAUGACUGAAUUGGAGUUGUGGGAACAGCUCGAGCAAGAGCUCUACGAACAAACAGAAGCUGAAGAAGAAGAAGAAGAAGAAGAAGAAGAAGAAGAAGAAGAAGAAGAAGAAGAAGAAGCUGAGAUCUUAGAGGAAACAAGGGAGCAGGAGGAAACUGCAAUUGCUGAGGUAAGUGAGAUGGUACCCGAAAGCUCAAUGCCAGACAUAAAAGAGUCCCACCGAUUUUUUCCUCCUGGAAAAAUCAUGCAUAUUGUCACCUUACCAGUGGAACCUGAGAAUGAAGGUGAUGGUGAAGGUGCAAAUUCAACUGACACAUCUGAUGUAUCGACGGGUGGGAAAGUCAAAAUAUUUGCCACUCCAAGAUCAUUGUACAGUAAACUGAGGCUUUCACGGAGAAUGAUCAGCGAUCACCUCAUGCCAGUUUAUAGGAGACAUAUGGAGCAGUUGAUACUUGAACUCAAGGAAGAACUUUCCUCUAAUUCUUCAGCUGAUAGUGAUUAGAGUGAUAUAAGAGUUGCAUGGUAAAGUAGGAAAAGGGUUCAUUAGUAACAGAACUGUUUUUCAAGUGUCCUAGAAUAACAGUUUUUCACGUAGGAACAGAAAAGGCUUUUUUUAAUCAGCGAGUUCUCAGAGUUCAGGUUCGUCGCAGGGAUACACUUUGAGAGUAGCUCUUGAUACAUUUUUUCCAUGGAUAGCUGUUGGUAUACGUAUUUGGGCGAAGGACCAAUGAUCAGUUUUCUUGUAAAUUUUAGGAUCUAAUUGGAUGUUAUAUGUUGGAAAGUCUCUAGUAAAGGUGGUAGUUGAUUUCUCA